AUGGCGACAUCUUAUGCUUUUCUUCUCUUCUGCAAUCUCACAAUCUUCGCCUUUCUUGCUUCAAUCAUCACUGGAUCCUUGGCUGUCACCGCCGAUUCCGAGCUAGUCGAGCAGAUCUGCAACCAAACAACACCCUAUUACAAGUUUUGCAAGGAUGCUCUCAACUCUGAUCCGCGCACAUCGGGCGCUGAUGGGGCCAAACUAGCCUAUGUCGCCUUCAGUUUGGCGAAUCGCAACGCUUCGAGCACCCGAGACCAGAUAACUUCGUUGCAAAGUAACUCAACCGGUCCAGUGCACCUGCACCUUGAGCAAUGCCGCCUAGAUUAUGCAACGGCCAUCGUGAAAACUACACUGGCUUUAACCGACUUGGAUUGGGAGACAUAUGGCAGAUUGAGCUACUUCGCUUCUAUGACGCGCGACCAAGCGAAGGACUGCGAAUUGGCCUUUAAGGGAACAAAAUCUCCGUUGACCGAUAACAACAACAAUCUUUACGGGCUUUCAGUGAUUUGUGUUGUUCUUGCAAAGUGGCUCAAUGUCUGA